UUUUCCAGUUAAAUUUUUACGUUUAUAACAGGAUGGCGUCCAUGACAAGUUUAUUUAUCCUAUUUGCACUCAUUUUCCAUAUACAAGCAAUUUCUAACGCACCUGAAGUAUUUCCACAAACAAAUCCAGGACAAGAGCUCCAAGAUUCAUCAGUACAUGUGGAUAAAAACAAAGAUUACUGUCCACCAUUUGGAUCACCAGAUGUACAAUUUAAAGUAAAGGUGAUAGGCACUUACGAUCCACCGGCAGGUGGAUGUGCUUCCAUGCAACCAGACAGUGGCGAUAUUGUACCAGCGUUUAAUUUGUGGCUGGGCGAUCUCAAAUAUGGCAUUGGAAGUUGCGAAGAAACGGUACUUGAUGCAGAUAUGCACCACUACGUGUUUAAGUGUUUAUCAAAACAACCAUUCGUAGAAUAUGAAUAUAUUAAAGGUUGGUAUGUUCAACUAUACAACAAAGGUGCCAAAAAAAAUAACUACAGAUGUAGCUUGUAUAAAAUACUCAAUGAUGAACUACGAUCAAUCAAGAUGGUGGUUAGUGGAGACGAAUGGUGUGAUGGUCUGCCACAGAUGUUGGAAAGUGAAGAAGACGCAGGACCUAAUAGAAAUGCUUCGAUAGGUUCUUUUGGUCUUUUAUUUACUAAGAAUGUGGUACAUCCAUUACCAUCACAGGAUGUCAAAAGAUGGUCAGGGAUAAAAGACGGUAAAUAAAGGUUUGUGUGUGUAAGCCAACGAUUAUAAAACCUAAUAAUUUGUUUUUGCGAAAGGU